UCACUUUUCGUACAUACGUUAAACGAAUUUCAUGCGAUAGAGAGUUUGACAACAAAAUCUCCACCUAACCUAACUUAAUUUGGUAUUUUCCUCUACUAUUGUUUAAAUAAUUUCGAAUCUACGAAUAUGUAAAGCCAUGUCUUCAAAGCUUGAAAUUCAGUGGACGCCGGCUGCCAAUAAGUUUAUAACGUGGGGUUCUGAAUUGAACUUGUACGAGACUGUGUCGCUUCGAGAUGGUUGUAUACCAACUGUUAAACUAUCGAAUACAAUUGGCGCCAACUUGUUAGCUACCAAUUCUACACACCAUUACGUGAAAUGUAUCGAUAUAUAUCCCAAGUGUGAAAGCGACUUGUUGCUAGCUAUUGGUCAAGUCAAUGGUAGAGUUACACUUCUGACGUUUGGUCCGUCUCAGUUUGACUCUUUGUCUUUGCCAGGGAAAGAGUUUGUACCACGUCAUCCACGGCAAUGCAAUGUGGUCGCCUGGAAUCCGAUAGAAGGAAACUUAAUAGCGGCCGGUUUGGACAAGUAUCGUUCGGAUCAUUCUCUACUGCUAUGGGAUAUCAUGAAAUGUCCAACAGUGAGCGAUAUGAAUGGCUCCGGAAAAUUAGUGGUUAACACUAUGGCCCCCGGUUUAGAAUUGGCAAAACCGGUCGCCGAAUUCGGAGUUUCUGAAAUGACGCACAGUUUGGCGUGGUUCAAUUCGAACAGUAAAUGUGUCGCUGUCGGAAUGAACCUUAAAAAUAUUAAAUUAAUCGAUUUUAGAGAUUCCAGUAAGGCUGUAAAUUCGACCUUAACCAAAGCAGUUUAUGGGCUAUGUAUUGACCCUCACAAUGAUAAGCACUUGGCAUCAUUUAUUGAUAACCAAGUAUGCGUAUGGGAUACGAGAAAUUUUGAAAAACCCAUUGUCACGCUACCGCAUAGUAAAUCGGUGAUUAAAAUAGGCUGGUCUCCAACAAGACAUAAUUUGUUAACCUCGCUCCAAAGGGACAGUUCUGUGAUAACUUUAUAUGAUAUUCAACACACAUUUGUCGGUACCGAAGAAGUUGAACCGUCGGUUCUUGAAAGGGUUAUUGUACCCGGUUCUCCACACAACAUUACCUCAUUUUCGUGGCAUCAUUCUUAUGAAAAUAGACUUCUGACUAUUGCCUUGUCCGGUUCCGUCAACGAUUUCACAGUAUGUGACCGGAUCACUCUGAACUGGGCGCCGAAUUCUAAUAUGGUCUGGACUUUUGGUAGCAAAACAAUGAAGUGCAUAAACGAUGACACGAGCUUGUACGGUACAUUAUGCGAUAUAUCUCAUAAAAUAAAACAAAGAGCCAUCGAUGGUUACGGACUAAAAGACGAUUUUUUAAAAAAUGGAGAGUUAAUAGACGAUGUUAUGGUGUCAAAAUGUUGGAAUUGGCUUCAAAUAAGUUCCCAGCUUGUCGAAGAAGGGAUUUUAAGAGGAUACAAUUCAAAGCAUCCGGGUGUGCGAGCUGUUUUGAAGAUGGAUGGAACAAUUAAUAAAUCUGAACUUAUAUCUAUGGCGUGGACUGAUCUUGGGAAUGUCAAUUGUUACAGUUCAGCAAAAAUUUAUAAGCACGAAGAUAGAGACAAAGCGUUACAUUUGUGCGGUUGGUACUUUGAAAGAGACGUCAGCUCCCUCAGCUUAUUUUUGGAAAGACUGCAAAAGGAGCAGGCGUACUCACGCGCUGCGGCAAUCUCCGUGUUCAAUUUAAAAAUCAAGAUGGCUUUGGACAUUUUAAAUCAGGGCUCGGAAAAUGGUUUACCGAACUUGAACGUCGUCGCCAUGGCGCUCGCGGGCUUUUCAGAUGAUAAAACGAGCAUGUGGCGGCAGUUGUGUUCGGCUACAAGAGCGCAACUCACAGAUCCCUACUUGCGAGCGAUGUUUGCGUUUCUAACCGCCGAAAAUUACAGCUACGAAAAUGUUUUGAAUGAAGAUGGAAUGUUGGUUUGUGAUCGAAUUGCUUUUGCGUGCACUUUUCUCUCCGAUUCUAAGCUCCACGACUACCUUCGAAACUUAACGUCACAACUCAUUGAUGACGGUAAUUUAGACGGUAUUUUACUUACUGGUAAUAGUAAUGAUGGAAUUCGUCUGUUACAAAAAUAUUUGGAUACCACAGGCGAUAUUCAGUCGACUACUAUCAUUGGAGUAAAGGCUUUUUCGAAUGAUAUGUUUGGAAAUGCUGUAAAGGAAUGGGUAUCGAGUUACCGAAACUUAUUGGAUACUUGGCAACUGUGGAACGAAAGAGCCUUGUUUGACAUAAUGCUUAGUUCUUAUAGACCUACUGAUAAACCGCCACAACAAGUGUAUAUUUCCUGUAAUUUUUGUGGUAAAAGUAUAUCGGCUUUCAUGCAGGGUUUAAAUAGGGGUAGGGGUACCUUUUCUAGAAUGGGAGGUACCCCAAACAAGUUAAAGGUGUGCCAAAGUUGUAUGUUUAGCUUUCUAACUUUCACUUUUCAGAUGUCUUCAUGUCCAAAUUGUCGCAAACCUUUACCACGUUGUGCCAUUUGUUUAAUGCACAUGGGAACGACGACCGGGCUGCACAAUAGUGAUGAUGGAGAUAACCGUUUGGCAGAAUUUUCACACUGGUUUACAUGGUGUCAGACUUGUAGGCACGGGGGCCAUGCCUCACACAUGAUACAUUGGUUUAAGGAACAUUCCGAGUGUCCAGUGACCCCAUGUACAUGUCGUUGCUUUUCAGUUGACUCAUUAAGUAAUGAAAUUAGUACGUAAGACCAAAUUUUUAAAUAAAUAAUAAAACACUAUUUUAUA